GGAGUUGAAGAGAUUGAACCGAAUACGAAGGAUAAUCAGGUGACGGUGAAAGGUAAAGCGGCUGACGCUGUUAAGGUUGCGGAGCGUGUGAGGCGAAAAACGGACAAGCAUGUCGAGAUUAUAUCGCCUGUGCAGAAGAAACAGCAACCCGAGAAGAAACCCGAGAAAAAACCGGAGGUACCAAAAGUGACAGAAGUGGUGUUGAAGAUGCACCUCCACUGUGAAGGUUGUGCUAAGGAUGUCAAGCAUUGCAUCCACAAGAUGGAUGGUGUACAAACCGUGAAUCCCGAUAUGGAGAAAUCGUUAGUGACUGUAAAGGGGGCUUUCGAUCCGAAAAACCUAGUGGUUUACAUUAGCAAGAGGGCCGGAAGGCAUGCGGAGGUUGUGAACUCGAAGAACACAAACAACAAACAAAAGGAUGGUGAACAAAAGGAUGGUGACCAAAAGAAUGAGAAGAAAGAAAAGGACAAGGAUGCCAAAAACGCCGGUUCUGCGUACCCAAAUGUUCCCCCCGGGCUUGUUUACGCGCCACAGCUGUUUAGUGACGAGAAUCCUAACGCGUGCUCGGUUAUGUAGAUAAACAGAUACGAUCUUGAUUCAGCUCGACCAGGCUCGAGCUCGAUUAAUUUAUGAGAGCUCAAGCUUGGCUCGAUUCGAGCUUUGUUUUCAAAGCUCGAGCACCACUAAACCACUAAACCGACAAGCUGACAAAACCGAACCAUGAAGCGAACCGUAUAAUCUAACACUGACCAACUUGCUUCGAUUUAAAUGUUGAGUAAAAUGCACGGAUAGUCCCUGUGGUUUGGUGAAAUUUCACCUUUAGUCCCUAACUU